AUGGAAGCAGCGAUCUCUGCCGUCUUGUUGGAGGAAGAUGCUGAUGAUGAUUUAUUGCUCUCAUGCUUCCUAGAAGAUGACAGCGAUAUAUUUAGAAGGAGAGAAGACGAGGGAUGUUAUAGUGUGUUGAUAUUACGUCACUUAAUUGAUAACGAAACUAAAUUUAGAGAAUAUUUCAGAGUGUCGACUGAGAUAUUUGAUACAAUAUUAGGCUUUGUUAAAGAAGACAUCACGAGAUCGCAGUGCAACAGAGUCAAAAGGCCAAUAUCUGCUGAACAGAAGUUAUGUCUUACUCUCAGGUUUAUGGCCACGGGAGAGAGUUUUCGUUCACUGGCGUUUCAAUUCAGAAUAUGCCCUAGCUGGGUAAGUAUUAUUAUAAAAGAGACAUUGCAAUCUAUUUGUUCAAAAAUGUUGAAUUCUUCAAUACCAUCACCUGACCAAGAUGUUUUAAAACGUUCUUACAUUGGUUUUCAUCGCAAAUGGAACUAUCCCAACUGCUGUGGGUCGAUAGAUGGAAAACAUAUCCGAAUAAUCAAACCUGAACAUUCUGGAUCUCUGUUUUAUAAUUACAAAGACUAUUUCUCAGUUGUGUUACUUGCGCUUGUAGACGACAACUACAAGUUUUUAGCAAUAGAUGUUGGUUCCUAUGGAAAAGAAGGUGAUGCAGGCAUAUUUGCUAAAUCUGUCUUAGGACAAAGACUUUCAGAAGGAACAUUCAGAUUUCCUGAACCAGCUAUACUUCCUGGAACUGACACUCUAAUGCCACACGUUAUUUUGGGUGAUAAAGCUUUUCAGCUGACUUCCUCAGUAAUGCGUCCUUACCCAAGGGCACAAUCUAAAUGUGAUGAAGAAAAAGCAAUAUAUAAUUAUCGCCAUUGUAGAGCUAGACGUACGUGUGAAAACGCUUUUGGAAUACUUUGCCAAUAUUUUAGAGUAUUUUUCACUGCCAUCGCCAUCAAGCCUGACACAGUGGAUCUUCUGGUCAUCGCAUCAUGCAUAAUACAUAAUCAUCUAAGAUCUGCAAGAAUUCCAUGCCCGGGUGAAGAAGAGGACCGAAAUGUGUGUCUCCCUACUGAAAAUAUGAUACCCAUGGCAAGACAAGGACGUAAUUCUACUCAUCUUGCGUAUAGCAUACGAGACAAAUUUAAAAAUUACUUUUGCAGCCAAGAAGGACAAGUAAGCUGGCAAUUAUAUCAUGUGAGGAAAACAAGUUAAAAAGUAUUUUUCACGUGAAGAAAGGGUAAAUGCAAAUGUUAUUCUUUUCUUUAAAAAAAAUAUAUUCUCUUUGUGCUAUAGUAAUGCUGUGUAUUUUUGUAUUUGAGUGUAAAAUUUGUAAAUAUAAUAUGUCAAAAUAGAUAAUUUAUUAGCAAAUGUGCCAUUAUCCUUAGUAUUGACAUAAAAUUAAGUAACUAUAAAUAGGAAAACAUAUGAUUAUAAACUUCAAAAAACAUAAUUUUUGUUGUGCAUUUAGAAGAAUAAGACAUAAUAUUAUCAAACUUAAAAAAAGAUAGAAAACAAUUUAUUGUGAUAACUUGCCCUAGGCUCACCUACUACUUCAAAAUGGAACAUAUUUUAUUUCCACAUUUCCUGGUGCACACCGACGUAAAUUAUUUUUGGUUUAGUUUAAACACUGCAUAAAAUAUUUUUUAAACUUGGCCUAUUUUUAAAUAAGUAACAACUAUAUAGAACCGUAAGUUGUUUUUUUAAUGCAGUAAGAACAUUUUUUAAGACCACGUUUUAUGAGCCAUAGUAUUUAUUUUAUUAUUAACACAGAUAUUAAACUCUCUACUUACCACCUUUGUUUAAAGAAGCUGCAAUUUCCUUCCACACAUUUUCUCGAACAAUACUGUCUUUGUACUUGCAGUGAUGCAAAUCAUAUAACACACGAUGCUCCCUUACUAAAUCAAUCAAUUUCUCGUCCUGUUCUGCAGUAAAACUCUUUGACUCCAUGAUAAAUCGCAUGCGUGAUCACGCUGAAGUCGGGGGCCAGGCAACUGCUGCGCGAUGCCCAUCCGCGACACGCAGCCGCGGCGAGCGGGAAACCCCCGCUUGCGCGGCCUUGGAAAUCAUCCCCGUUUCAACACACAGGUUCAAGUGCUGCGUGGUCACGCAGUGACGCAUCACGCAUCGCGCAUCGCGCAUGCGUGGUCCUUGGAAAA